AUGGCACAAACAGCCAUCUUUAAAUUAGUUCAAACGGAGGCGUUUGAAAAUGAAAUAAGUGAAUUAAAGGCUAAGAGGCCAGUUCCGAGUUCGAGCCCUCUGAAAAGGCUAUGUCCUAUAUUGAAGGAUAAUGUAAUGCGAGUCGGCGGACGACUAGCAAUGUCCGACCUACACGUAGAUGCUAAGCAUCAAAUUAUCUUGCCGAGUAGCCAUCACGUGACAAGAAUCCUGAUACAAAAUUGUCAUGAACAGAAUGCGCACAUGGGUCCAGUUCACAUUCUGGCCAUGUUGCGACAAAAGUAUUGGAUAAUCCACGGUCUGCAAACAGUUAAGUCUGUUAUCGGUAGGUGCAUAACAUGCAAACGACAGUUACAACGACCGGAAUUGCAACAGAUGUGCGACCUUCCAGAAGAAAGGCUCACGCCCGAUAAGGCACCGUUUACGUAUGUCGGUGUCGAUUAUUUUGGCCCGAUGACUGUGAAGUCUGGAAGACGACAUCUGAAAAGAUACGGCUGUAUAUUUACGUGCUUGACCACCAGAGCAGUGCACAUUGAAAUUGCUCAUAGCUUAGAUACGGACUCUUUCAUCUGUGCACUGCAAAGGUUUUGUAAGUCGUAG